UUCGGUUUCUAAAAAAAUCAAUAAAUUGCAACACAUUUUCUUAAAAAAACAUAAAUAAAUGAAACGAACUCCAUGCCGUUCCGUUAAUAAAAUAAUCGAUACGUCGCAUCCAUUACUGAUAUGAUCAGAAAAUGCCUCAAGAAAUAAAAUGCUCAGUUAUUUUUGCAUCAAGCGAGGAUCCGAAAUACAAGUAUUCAGAGCUAAAUUCGCACGGACCCACUAUCAAGGGAUGGCAGUCGGAGAAAAAUUGCGAAUACCCGCAGGAAGUUAUACUGAAAACAGGGUUUCGAUGUCGAUUGAAUAAAGUUCAAAUUCUCGUCCACCAAUACAUGAUACCUUCAAAAGUCGAACUGUUUUUAAGCAACGAAGACCACAACAUUGAAAAUCCUGACAACAUAACAUGGGAGUACCUCGGUUACAUUACCCUAUCUACGAAUGAAGCGACUGAGUUCAAAAGUAGGGAAUUAAAAUCUGCGAACGUACCGAAAAAAGAAGUUACUUUUAUAAAGAUAAAUUUACUUAAUAACCAUUUUAAUUCUCUUAAUGAACAUAAUCAGGUUAGCCUUAUAGCUGUAAAUAUUCUCGGAAGUGAUAUAGAUAAUAAACGUCCUACGAUUGAAAAUGAUGAAGCGAAAUUAUACGAUAUUUUACACGAUUCCGAAUAUUUUUCCCCUUAUGAUGAUCUUGCCUUUUCUAUGUACGUGGAUGUAGACAUUGCUAAAAUUAUUAGAGACAUGGAAAUUAAGAAGCAUUUGGCUGUGAUAAAUGAGAGGUUCGAAUAUGCCAGGAAAUUAAAGAACGCCAUGGUAAAAUUGAGAACUGCUGGAGAAAAGCUGGCCAAAUACGAGCUAGAAAAACGAUACGCUAUAGAAAUCGAAGAUUACGAGAAAGCCAGAUUCAAAAAAAAUCAGUUCGAAGUGUUCCGAUCCGAAACAUUUCAGGAACUGUGCGUAGAACAGUUAUUAGAGCACAAAGGGAUUUGUUCAAAAAAUGAUGAAUUGCAAGACGAAUCGCUCACGAGCCUUCUUUCGCCUGUACUUACUAAACACACAACGGAUGCAAAAUCAUCGCCCAGUCAUCAAACCAACAGUCAAGUAUCACCCAUGCACAUACCGAAGCAUCUCAGCCCCAAAACAGGCUCCCCUUGCACCGGCAGCCCCACUAACUUGCAAAGCAGGGGCGGGUCUUUCAGGCGUAGAAACAAAUCGGCCGGAGCUGCAGUUAAGUCUACUUAUGAGAUGUACGAAGAGAAACCACUCCCUGCUUUGAGGCACUCUCAAACGAACGAAUUUCUACGAGAAUGCCAAAUGGAGCCCGAUCACAAAACCACAUCGAAGCUCACCGAAAGAGAAAAGAAACAGGCCCUUCUGCCUAUCGAGGUAUUUGGGAACGAUUUGGUCGAGAAGUUUUACUCGAAACACUAUUGUGAUAAAGAAGAAGGCCUAAAUAACUUAAAAGAAGAACUGCUAUCGUACGAUUGCAGUAAAUUACAUGUACCCAAUAAAGUUGCUCGCGCUGCUAUAUUUUUACUGCACAGGUGCUUGAGAGACAAGGUUUUCUCGGUAUAUAGUUUAGCUAAUGAAGUUAUUAGGUUGUUUUUUGUCCAGUUUGUGCCCGGCAGGGUGACGCAAACCGAGGUGGCUAGAAGCGUUGAUAAAUUGCUACCGGAACUUCUGACUAAAUCCGGUGAUACCAGCCAACGUAUCAAUCAAAUGGCCGUGCACACGAUUCUCACUAUGGCAGAUUGCAAGAACGUAAGAGAUCUUCAUAUUAUUCCGGUGCAUUUAAGUAGACCGGUAAAUAGUAGUACUCAUCCUAGGCUAGCGUUAAGUAGAGCAGAAAUGGUAGAACAGCUUAUCAUUAAUCACGGAAUUUCCACGGAAAAGCAAAGCGGUUUAACGUGUAGAACGUUAUCAGAAUUCGGCCUGAGCGGGCUCCAUCAUCCCGCCGAGGCCGUGAGAAAAGUGGCCGAAAAAAUCCUGGUGUUAGUAUACAGGGUGAACGCCAGAUUAGUGAGAAAACAGCUACCGCCCGACGAUGACAUAACCAGAAGGAAUUUGUUGUAUAGACAAUUGUUUCAAGAAUUCGAUAAGAUCGAUUUGGAGAGAAAAAGGGAAAUGCAGGAGAAAAACCGGCUGCUACAAGAAACCACUAGCCCCGAUUUAAUUCCGAACGGCAGGCAAGAGCUGAGCAAAUGCCUGAGCGCCGGCAAUUUGAAAGAUCCUUCCGCGCAAAACGGAUCCGCCCGAAACAACUCGCUGUCGAAGAGCCAAAGCGGAAUCGGGAUCAACGUGCAAUCGAACGGCGCUCAAGAGAAGAGCUCCAGCUCGGCCAGCGCCGUCUCGUCGCCCAGCAUACACUCCCAAAAAGACGAAGAAAUCGAAAAGCGAUGCAUCUUCUGCAAACAGCCGGAAAGUUCGAUAUUUUCAGUGAGCAAUUCGAUGAACUCGCAUUACUGGAGGUGGUGCCCGAUGCUGAUACGCUGCAAGGAGUGCAGCCAGGUCGUGGAGGUGUCGACGUUGAUCGAGCACUUGCUGAUGGAGUGCGAUAAAAGGGGGGAGUAUUCGCAGUGCUCGGGCUGCUCGGAGGCGUAUAAAGCUUGCGAGAAGCAGGCGCACGGGGAUACGUGCAAAGAGUUGUCAGAAAAUUGCAACAGAUGUCCGUUGUGCCACGAAAACCUGACAGUGGACGAGGAUUGCUGGAGGGUGCAUUUGAUGGGUGAUAAUCCUUGUCCGAAGAAUGCUAGAAUUAAAUUGGUGAAACAGAAACACGUGAAAAUUGUGGGUUGAAGAAUUAGUUCAAUUUUACUCAGAUUCCUGUUGUUGCUGGAAAAAUUAAAAUUGCGUCCUUUUUGAUAAUUAUAUUCACUAACUUUUGUGAUUAAUAUUUUGCAAUACAGGGUGCCCCAACGAAGAGUAGCCUAUUUAAUCGGUUCGUAAUUUUUAAACGACUAAUUAUAAAAACAUGCUGUUUUCGCUCAUAUGUUUUAUUUUGUUAUAAAUCUUGUUACAGUGAGGCAGACAUUUUGUAUUACCAGUACAGGGUGUCUUAUCAAAAUCCCCUCUUUUCAAUUAACAUUAAUGAAAUUUUGUAAAAUGGGACACCUUCUGUGAAAACUGCAUGUUUUUAUGAUUAGGCGUUUAAAAGUUAUAAGCUUAUUAAAUGGGCUACUUUUCAUUAUACACCCUGUGUAUAUUAGUGAUAUUACACUUUGUGUAAUUUUUUGUAAGGUUCUGUUGCACAAUAAAUUGCCUCAUCUGUUAACGAACGUUAUUCACAUAGGUAAAUUUAUGAUUGUCCACAGGGUAAUAAUAAAUGUUAAUAAUAUUUGUAUUUGUAAUUAUGUGCAAUGUUUAGUUGAAGUUUGUUUAUUGAUUCGUUUCUAAUUUAUUACGUUGUAUUUUCGAAUUUAAAUAAAUCAACACUUGAAAACA